AGCCGUGAGUCACAUGGGCCGCUGCAGACACCACAGCAGUUGGGUAAGAAGUGCAGCAGCACAAUUGGAGCAGCCCCGCUGACCUCACAGCUGAGCACUCUAUUUAAGAUCUGGCUCCCAGAUGUUGCGGGAGGAUCGAGCCAGCUGCAGAGCCAGCCUGGAGUGGGAGAGCCGGGAAUAUUCCCAGCUCCUCGCUGCCCCGGAGAUGAUUGCGCUGCUCUUCUUCUCUGCCCUGCUGUGGGACGAGGCUGGAGCGUGGGGCUUCAAGGAUGGAGUGCUGCACAACUCCAUCUGGCUAGGUAAGAAAUCUCUUAUCACCAAUUGAUUGAAUUGGCAGGGGAAGGAUGAGCUCCCAGCACCGCAGAGCAGAGCUGUGUGUUGGUAUCGCCCAGGACUGAUGGAAUCCACGUCUCUUUUUCCCUCUGCUGCAGGUUUCCACGUGUGUGCUGCUGGCUGGAUGGCAAAGGGCAGAGUUGGUUAUCCCAUAGUAAAAGCUGGAGCCAACUGUGGCUUUGGCAAGACUGGAAUUGUUGACUACGGAAUUCGCCUCAACAGGAGCGAGAGGUGGGAUGCCUACUGCUACAACCCCAAUGGAAAGGAGUGUGGUGGAGUCUUCACGGAUUCCAAGCACGUUUUCAAGUCCCCGGGCUACCCGAACGAGUACGAGAACGAUCAGGUUUGCUACUGGCACAUCCGCGUGAGGUACGGGCAGCGGAUCCAGCUGCAGUUCCUGGAGUUCGAUGUGGAGGAGGACACCGCCUGCCUGGCUGAUUUCCUGGAAAUCUACGACAGCUACGAUGAUAUCAAUGGAUUUGUGGGCAGGUUUUGUGGAGAUGAGUUGCCAGAUGACAUCAUCAGCACAGGGAAUGUGAUGACGCUGAAGUUUCUGACGGAUGCCUCGGUGACAGCUGGAGGCUUCCAGAUCAGAUACACAACCCUGGACAUGCCUCCCAAGGCAGGGGAUGGCAGGAACGCCACAUCCCAAGGGAAAAGCAACUUUUUAACGGGAAAAUUUGGGAUUAUGUGAGCAGAGUAGGCAGCCACAGAAAGGUGUUUUAGACUGAAUUCAAUUCAGAUAUUUGUGUCUUCAGAUAAGACAUUUUUGUCGUCUCUUUCGGAGUUUUUCUCUUUGGCUUUUCUAUGUUUUGUUAAUAAAUUACACUAGGGAAUAAAUUAUAAAAUAUACUUACAUGGAUAAUAGAAACCUAUUUUUAGAAUAGAAGUACUGUAAAAAUAUGAAGAAUUCUUUGCUACCAAAGACUUAAAAAAUUAUUUUUCUAUAUAAAAUGCUCUUUCUCCUCAUUUCUUGCACCACUUGAACAAAUUUUUGUGUGACUGUUCCCAUUAUUUUUAAACUUAACAGCCUCUUCUCUCCUUAUUUCCCUUGAUUUCCACAUAUUUAUUUUUUAGACUGUUGCUUUUUUCCCCCCCUGUUCUCUACACAUUAUUAUAAUUUUUAUUUUUUUUUUUUAACACCUGAUUUUCUUAAACUCUAAGGGCUUUCAGUGCAAGCUUAUUUUUAAGCCACAAAAAUUCAUUUUGUGGAUGGCCUGGUGGUUACCCAGGUGAAGAUUUGGAAGAGCAAAGGAUCAUUUGGAUCCACACUUUAAUUUUAAUGGAUUCUGUCAGGGUUCCCUCAUCCAGAGAAGAGCUCUUGAAGUCUUUUCACUUCUCUUAUUAAAGAAUUAAAGGAAUGACUUGGUGAUGAGAAUAAAAGCAUUGAGAGGAAGCAGCAGGAGGAACUUCUCACCGAGCACGUUCAGAAGACACCAGCGAGGUGUUGGAUGUUGUUUACACGGGUUUAAGACUGUUCUGGUUUAAAUUGUUAAUUUUAAAUCCUUCUCUGUGUGUUUUUAACUGAAGCAGCAUUAAAGCUACCUCUGUUCUAAUCACA